AUGGCAGAAGAGUCGAAGCAGGUGGAUCCGGCCAAGGAGCAAGAGGCUCAGGAAGCUGCCGACGCCCUCGUCGACCUCACGAACAGGCCGGCCAAAGCCGAAGCUGAAGCCGACUCGGAAUCAGAAGCCGAAGAAGCCGCCGGCCAGACACCUACCGGCAAAGACGGCGAAGGAUCUGCUAAGAAAAAGAAAAAGAAGAGCAAGAAGAAGAAGAUCAGACAGGCCGUGGCCGACACUUUCAAUAUGACGCCGGCGCAGGCCAUGGCAGACCCCAAGAAGGCCAUUGAAGGCUUGACGCCCCAGCAAGUCAGCGAAUUCAUUGCUCUGAACCCGGCCCUAGCCAACGAGCUACUUAAUGGCGAGGGCUCCUCGGACACAACCGCAAAGGCGAUCGAAGAAUUCAAGAAACUCAAGCUUCAGGACAUCAUGACCGGCCUCGCGAGCAGUGGGAAGAACCGGAAGGAUAUGGGGUCGUACAAGUUCUGGAGCACACAGCCCGUCCCGCAGUUCGAUGAAGAGCCAAAGCUCUUCGAAGAGGGCCCGUUAAAAGUCCAGGACGUUAAGGACAUCGAUACAGAACCGAUAUCUCUUGUUCUUGAGGCAUUCCGCUGGGUGACCAUGGAUCUCACAAACGAUGACGAGCUGGCAGAGGUUGAGAAGCUGCUGUACGGUCACUACGUGGAGGAUGAUGAAGCCAUGUUCAGGUUCAAAUACUCCAGCUCUUUACUACGCUGGUCCCUUCUGUCUCCAGGCUGGAGGAAGGAAUGGCAUGUGGGCAUACGCAGCGGCAACACUCUCUGUGCCUUCAUCUCCGCCAUCCCCACUGAGAUGCGAGUUCGGAACAACAUUAUUCAUAGCUCCGAGGUGAACUUUCUGUGCAUCCACAAGAAGCUGAGAGGCAAGCGCCUCACCCCUGUUCUGAUCAAGGAGAUCACCCGGCGAAUCAAUCUCGAAGGAGUCUGGCAGGCUAUCUAUACGGGUGGUAUCGUGCUUCCCCGGCCGGUGAGCACCUGCCGAUACUACCACCGGGCUCUGAACUGGAUGAAGCUGUACGAGGUGGGCUUCAGCCCUUGCCCGCCAAACAGCAAGCCUUCAUUCCAAGCCCGAAAAUAUGACGUUCCAAAGAACACGUCGACCCGUGGGCUCCGAGAGAUGGAGGCCAAGGACCUGGAUGCCGUGCAUGAUCUCCUUGAACGGUAUCUCAAGCGGUUCGAUCUCACUCCGGUGUGGAACAAGACCGAGGUCGACCACUGGCUGCUCCACAAGAAGGACGCGGCCGGGGAGCAGGUGAUCUGGUCUUAUGUGGUUGAGGACGCCAAUGGCAAGAUCACCGACUUCUUCUCCUUCUACUGCCUCGAGUCGUCUGUCAUCCAAUCAACGAAAUACUCGUCUAUCCGGGCCGCAUAUCUGUUUUACUACGCGACGGAGACGGCAUUCACAGCCCCUGGGGAUCGCGCUGCCCUCAGCACCCGCCUCAAUGCUCUGAUCGCCGACGCCCUGGUCCUCGCUAAACGGCACAAUUUUGAUGUGUUCAAUGCGCUCUCGUUGAUGGACAACUCGGUCUUCCUAGAGCAGCAGAAGUUUGGCCCCGGUGAUGGCCAGCUCCAUUACUACCUCUUCAACUACAAGGCGAACCCGAUUCACGGGGGAGUCAACAAGCAUAACCAACUGGAGGAGGCCGUAUCCAGUGGGGUCGGGUUUGUCAUGCUUUGA